CCCUGGCGGGCGCCGACUGAUGACGCAGAGCGCGCGGGGCGUUUCAGCCUCUUGGAGAAGUGGGCAGAGGGGAAGGCGCUGGGGUCUGUGCGAGCGGCGUUCCGGUGGCUGCCACCGAGCCGGGUGCGGCAGCCAGGUAACAAUUCCAAGAUGCCAGGGCGUUCCAGUUCAAAUUCAGGCGCCACUCGCUACAUAUCCUUCAGUGGUGUGGAGUCCGCUCUCUCCUCCUUAAAAAACUUCCAAGCCUGUAUCAGCUCUGGAAUGGACACCGUUUCUAGUGUUGCCUUGGACCUUGUGGAGACUCAGACCGAAGUGAGUAGUGAAUACAGUAUGGACAGGGCCAUGGUUGAGUUUGCUAAAAUGGAUCGAGAACUAAGCCACUACGUCCAGGCUGUCCAGGCUGCCAUAAAUCACGUAAAAGAAGAGCGCCCAGAAAAGGUGCCCGACUUAAAACUGCUGGUGGAGAAGAGGUUUUUGGCGUUACAGGAUAAGAAUUCGGAUGCUGACUUUAGAGACAAUGAAAAAUUUGUGCAGUAUAAGCAACAGCUGAGGGAGCUGAAGAAGCAAUGAACCGCCAGGCUGUUUCCCACAGCGACGGUGCCAUUUUACAGUCCCACCGGCAGUGUCUGAGGGUCCCGAUUGCUCCAAGUCCUCAGCCGGCACUCGCCACCACCUGUCCUCACUGUAACCAUUGUAGUGGGUGUGAAGCAGUGUCUCGUUGUUUUGGCUUACAUUUCCCUAAGGACUAAGAUUGUGGCAUUUGUGUUACUAACCCAGGGCAGACGUUUCAAUCUUAUACUUUCAUAUAGAAACCACCUCGUAUUCCUGGACUGACUCUCUGAAACAAAACCGUAGCUCUAGACCAGGUACAUGUUGUUCGUGUCUUAUACUUGGGGGCAGGGGCGUAGAGUAAACCGACUUGAAGAUUGCACACUCACCUGGGACAUCCGUUUUACAGUGUGAAUUCAUUCACAGCUUUCUUUCUGUAAGCUCCCGAGUCCUACUCCGUGGCAUUUGCUGGAUAAUCCAGACAGCACUUUGGGUGGAUCCACGGCGUGGUGUCACUAGUAACACACUUGAAAAUGCGGUGUGCGUCUCUGGGUUCAUCAGCUGAGAUUAAAGGUGCUUUGUAGCACAGUGA